AUGGGAUCCGGCAAAAUCAGCUUCAAGGGCUGCUUUCACGACGUUGACUGGGGACUUCAGACGCACACUUACGCUCCCCUCAAUGUAGACAUGAAGUGCAACUAUCGCAUCGAGGGCUGUCAAGACAGUGGUCUUUAUUUAAAAGAGGAAAUUGAAAUCGAAUGCAACCGCACAAUGAUAUCCUUCGUCAAGAAAGAGAUGAAAGCAGCCUCAAAAGUACUGGUUGAUCGCCUGAUCAAAAAAGCUGAGCUUCUUGAUGCGGGUGUCUUGCAGGCCAUGAUCAAGGACGGGAGACUCAAGACCUUCAAUCCUGCCGAUCGAACAGAUAUUUCUCAAUCAGAUAUUUCUCGAUCAAACUCAAUCAUGUCCCAGCCGUCGUCAUUGAGAUAUUCAAUGAACGGGCCCAUGUCGCCGGUUCGUAUGGGAUCAGUGUCUUCGGGGUCGGGGUCAGUCAUGAACUCUUCCAUGCAACUGCCGAUGUACAGACGGGAGUCGGAUGUAGGCAUGCCAGUGGAGUUGCCUGGCAAUUAUUAUUAUCCACAGCAGCAAUCCACAUCUAAUAAAUAUCGAGAGGUGGCAGAGCUGGAUAGCGGAGUUCGUCUUCCCCCUCAACAGCCUGAUAAAGGAUAUCGCGCGGAGCUCUCUUCAAUGCCUGAGAGCGCAGAUGAGUAUACUGGAAAUAUAGCCCACGAGAUGUAUAGACCUUAUCGCAGUGUCUAG